AUGAGUUCCAGUAUGUUGGCUGGGGAACGAAGAUGGGCUUCUGCGAGAAGGGGUGGCAUGACUGUUUUGGGGAAAGUUGCUGUUCCCAAACCCCUGAAUUUGCCAAGUCAAAAGUUGGAGAAUCAUGGUUUGGAUCCCAAUGUUGAAAUUGUUCCCAAGGGUACUCUUAGCUGGGGAAGCCGCCCGUCUUCCUCGGGUUCAAAUCCAUGGAUAUCAUCAUCAGUAUCACCAAAUGCUGAAGGUGGUACUGUUUCCCCAAGUCACCUCAGUGGCCGCCCUUCAUCGGGUGGAAGUGGGACUCGACCAUCGACCGCUGGGAGUGAGAGAACACAUGAAGCUGUUUCCAGUGCUUGGGGUUCAAAUUCUAGACCCUCAUCAGCCUCUGGAACAUUAUCCUCAAAUCAGACAUCGUCGACUUCAUUGCGGCCCAAAAGUGCUGAAAACAGACCUAAUAGCUCACAGCUAUCAAGAUUUGCAGAUCCUGUGCUAAAAAAUUCAGCAGUAUUGUGCCCAAGUGCUACUGCAGAAAGAUUGGGUGUAAAAUCCAACAAGGAUGAUGCAUUUGCACUGAGUUCUGGAGACUUUCCGACCCUUGGUUCUGAAAAGGAUAAUUCUAUGAAGAAUACUAAAUUAGAAGAUACGAAACAUGGAGCUGUGGAUACAUGGAGGGCAGAUGGUCCCCGAGGUGUAGAUGAUGAUAUUCAUCCCAGAAUGGAGAAAUGGCAUGGGGAAAACCCUCCACAUUUUAAUCCCAAUGCCUCUGCCCCUCAGCAUUUCAAUACAUGGCGCGGCCCUCCUCCAAUGAAUAACCCAGCUGGUGUUUGGUAUGGCGGGGGACGUCCUCAGGGCCCACCAUAUGGGGCCCCCACUGUUCGGCCCGGAGGCUUUCCUAUGGAACCAUUUCCUUUUUAUCGUCCUCAGAUUGCACCUCCGCCUUUAGCAGCUGGAACUGAAACUGAAACUGAAACAUCCAAUAAAGUUCAGAAGGCCAUUAAUGACAACCUGCUGGGGGAACAAGAUGAAUCCUGCGCUGCUUGUGAAGUGAUCAUGGACGAUGUUAACAAUUCAAAUCAGGCUAAAGAAUCCACUGUUGAAAUGUCCAGGACUUCGCCUGUGGAGUCGGAUGUUACUACUUUUCCCAUGCAUGAAGAUGCUUGUGAUGUCAGUGUUCCGAAAGACUCACCUCAAUUUAAUGAUGGAGGCAUUUCUAGGAACAAGGUAACGAGUUUUAAGCAAAAGCAUUCAUUGCGGAAGAGCUUUGCCGGGAAACCUGUCUCUAACGUUGCAAUGAAGGCCCCAGAAGACCAUAUUCAUGUGGCUACUAAUGAUAUUAAACCCGAUGAGCACCCAAGUGAAAUUAAAUCGAGCGAGUCAAAUAUGCCUAACACGGAGGAGUCUGUAGCUGAGCCAUCCAUGCCUCAAAGAAGGAAAAAUAAUAGGAGUGGCAAAAAUAAGCAGAAACUGGAUGGGGCUCCAUUACCACCAGUAGAGGCUAAUGUUAUUCCUGGAAAGGAGUCUAAGAAAGUCGAGACUAAAGGUUCUUUGUCAAACUCGGAUUCCUUAAUUUCGAAAUCUACUGAGCCUGAUAAAGCUGUUGAAGCUCAGGAGCGUUCAAGCUCCUCUUUACCAAAUGAAGAAUCCCAUAACAGGAUAUCCUGCCAGUGGAGACCUCACUCCUCCCGAAGGCAGCCAAGAAAUCAACAACAGCCUAAUAACAAGCCUCAUGGAUGUGAUGCUGUGUGGGCCCCUGUUCGCCCACAGAACAAAGCUGCCAAGGGUUCUGCUGAAGCAAGUUCAGAUUCUGUACAGGAAUCAGCUGACCCUACAAACGGUAAUAAUCAUAUGACACAGAAUAAUUCGAAGGGCAAGAGGGCUGAAAUGGAGAGAUAUGUUCCGAAGCCUGUGGCGAAGGAGCUCGCCCAGCAAGGAAGUGUCCCGAAUAUUCCACCUUCUAUUGCCUUCGCUCGAUUAAAAGAUGGGUCAAAUGGAGAGGUUAACGAGGGGGGUGUCAACCACAACAAGCAUAAGAAGGAUCAUGGGACUUGGAAACAACGGGGUCCGACUGAUUCAUCUCAUAUGAAGGGUGGACAUAUUGGGCCGUCUUCAACAUAUGAUCCAGUUAAGGAAAUUCAAGAACCUAAGGAGAUCGGUCAAUCUGUCAAAGGUGAGAUAGAUUCAGCAAAUGCUGAAACUAGAACUUCAGGUACAAGCAGAGGAAAGAGAAAUGUGGCUAGGGGCCCUGCAAUAAUCAUUGGAAAUAAUACUGAUCCUGAGAUAACUUUUAGUGGUGAAGUAGAUGCGAACCAGACAGACAGAACUAUUGGUUCAAAAGAGAAUCGGGCAUCAUCUCGUUGGCAACCUAAGCCGACCGUGAAUGCAGCAAAUAACCAGUCCUUGAUCACCGAAAUCAACAGGUUUUCCAAAAAGGAGCAGCAUUCUCAGCCCAAGGAACAAAGCGGCAACUCCAACCAAACCCAGCCAGGUCAACCUGUUAAUCCCGCAAGUAAAGUUGAAGUAUCAACAGGUGUAGGCCACCGUCAACAGUCCCAUAAGAAGGCGAAAGGACGACCCUAUUCGCCAAACCAAGAUCCAAUGGGCCCUCGUGAACCACUACCUCUUGCUGCGGGUAAUGAAAAUGUUCCUGUUGAGCGUAAUUUUGGGUCUGGAUCAAGGAGGAAUGGUAGACAUAACAACAAUCGUUCGAUCAGGGGCCAUGAUAACAAUAAUGCUCGUGGAGAAUGGAUUUCGGGGCAUGAUAACAGGCCACAUAAUACACCUUCUUUCCGGGACAAUAGACAGAGGCACAACACACACUACGAAUACCAGCCAGUUGGUCCUUUUAAGGGUAAUAACAGACCUGAAAAAGUUGAUGUGCCGGUCGAUGGAGCUGAUAGUACCUACCAAAAACACAGAGAGAGGGGCUCGGGUCAGCCUAGACGAGGCGAGCGGCAGAGUGGGUACCCUUCCCAUGUGGACUCAGGAUGGGAGUGA